AUCUCUCAAGAUCUCUUCAUCUGUCGGUCAUUUCGGACCGUCGCAGACUUAAACUACCGAAAUGGGUCGUUUCACAGCGGUCGCACUUCUCCUUGCUCAGCUGAUUGCCAUCUCACUUGCGUGUAUCAGCUCUAGUUCUGGUCGCCCCGGUGGCGUAGAUCUAUCCGACAACACGGAGUUCUACCCAGAAUACGACAAGUCACGCGGCUUCAUUGGUCUCGGGCUUGAACACCGCCCUAGCCAUGACGUGGACAUUAACGUGAGACCCAGAGUCGAUAUCAGCGAUGUUCUGGACGGAAGAUUUCGACCACACGGCGAUGUUGAACUGCAGUACCGGCCGAAUGAAAACACCAAGGUGGACGUUAAGGUCGGCUUGGAUCCAAAUGGUGAGCCACGCGUGAACGCUGGAUUCACUGUCCGCUUCAGGCGCAGCAUCGAAAAUGAUACCUUGGUCAAUAUCGACAUCAGCGGGAAACUCUUCGAAGUACUCGACCUCAACGGUGACGACCAGCUUGAUGUUAAAGAAUGGUUCGAUGACGGAGGUAAAGUCAGACCAUUUGCUGACAUGAUCGGUGAUCACGACUAUAACUCUGAUGAGAUGAUCUCGCUUGAAGAGUUCCUCGCCAUUCCUGUCGAUCCUGCUCUCAUCGUGGCCAUCGACCAGAUUAUGAGGAGCGACCAAGACUGAAUCCAGCUCUAGAUCAUCCUUAUUACAAGGACGGGCAUUUCUAAUCUGUGCGUAGUCAGUUUGUGCGUUGCCGUGCGUUGUAGAACAAGGGUGGGGCUUAUGGGAUGGGCCGUAGAAAUAAUAUAACAUGGCUAUCGAUGGGAAGAAUUAAAGUCAGAUGUGAUUCAAAUCAAUGAAGAGAACAAUAUCUUCUUCUUGAUGUCGUUCCUGAAUGACUUUUGUAGAAAUUGGAUAUCUCUUUUUGAGUCAUACGAUUUUAAUGACUAUUUUAUUUCAGAGGGCAGGGGGGGGGGGGGGUAUGCGGGUCUAACCCUAAAUUGCGGCCAUUUUUAUUGUAACAAAUGUAAUUUCAUACACAGAUUUGCAUUUUAUAUAAGGUCAUGAUUGAAAUUAAUAAACUUUGGAAUAUCAUUUA